AUGGCAAGCGCUUGUGCAAGUGGAGUUGAUAACACCGACAACUCUCUUGUGACACUUGAUCCUGUUGAUACGCAACCCACUGAGACUGCUGUCAUGUGUAAAGAAACUUGUCUGGUCCAUUCUGAAGAUUACAAGGAUCCACAGCAAGUAAAUUUAAAUAUAGCUGCAACCACGGGAAUCAUUGCUUGCGGCAUUGGAUACUCUACAUUUGAGGAAUUAUGUUCUUCCAUGAAUAUACCAUCAUUUUCUUCAAAAUAUUAUUUGAAAUUGCAAAAUGAUGUUUAUGCAAAAUGGGAGAAAACUGCUAGUGAGUCUUUGGCGGCUGCUGCAGCAAAAGAAAAAGAAAUAGCGCUCGCAGAAGGAAGAACAAAGAACGCUAAAUUUAUUGGGGGGAAAAGAACAAAUUUUGCAUUAAAAGGAGGUUACCAGGGCCGUUGUCACGCUGCAGCAGUCUCAUUCAACUCAAGAGCUGCUCUUUCCGCCAUUCAAAAAGCUUUUACCGAGAAAAACCCCGGUGGAAAAGUGGAGGAAGUAGAGAAGAAAAAAGCUCUUAAAAGAAAAUAUAACGUUGAGCAUCCCACAAGAAAAAAGGAAAUUAAGAGAGACACAAAAACAAAA